ACCCUGAGCAGUAACCCCGAGCAUGGCGGCGGCUGCGUCUCUGUGGCGGCUUGUCCGAUCCGCUUCAUGUAGCGUCAGCAGAGGUUUAAUAUUUAACAGAGUGCAGAGAAGAGGAAUCGCAGCCUGCAUUGACCCUUCUGUAGGUCUCACAGAUGAGCAAAAAGAAUUCCAGAAAGUGGCAUUUGAUUUCGCUGCCAAUGAAAUGGCACCACACAUGGCACAAUGGGAUGAGAACGAAAUCUUUCCUGUGGAGACCAUGAGGAAAGCAGCGCAGCUCGGGUUUGGGGGAAUUUACGUGCAGCCGGAGGUUGGGGGCUCGGGACUGUCUCGUCUCGACACGUCCAUCAUCUUCGAAGCUUUGUCCACUGGUUGUGCGAGCACCACAGCCUACAUAAGUAUUCAUAAUAUGUGCACCUGGAUGAUCGACACGUUUGGUAAUAACGAGCAGAGAGAAAAGUACUGUCCGGAUCUGUGCUCCAUGGAGAAGUUCGCCUCCUACUGCCUGACUGAGCCUGGGAGUGGAAGUGACGCAGCAUCGCUGUUAACCAGUGCGAAGCUACAAGGAGAUCAUUAUGUUCUAAACGGCUCCAAGGCCUUCAUCAGUGGUGGAGGGGAUACAGAUGUGUACGUAGUGAUGUGUCGUACUGGUGCGAAGGGCCCCAAAGGCAUCUCCUGUCUGGUGGUGGAGAAGGGAACUCCAGGACUCAGUUUUGGGAAAAAGGAGAAGAAGGUCGGUUGGAAUUCGCAGCCCACGAGAGCAGUAAUCUUUGAAGACUGUGCGGUUCCAUUAACGAAUCGGCUGGGAGAAGAGGGACAGGGCUUCAACAUCGCCAUGCGUGGCCUCAAUGGGGGCAGAAUUAACAUUGCUUCCUGCUCUCUCGGAGCUGCUCAUGCAUGUGUCCUGCUGGCCCGAGAUCACAUACGUGUGCGCAAGCAGUUUGGGGAACCUCUUGCAAACAGCCAGUUCCUGCAGUUUAAGUUGGCUGAAAUGGCCACGAGGUUGGUAGCGUCUCGGUUGCUGGUGCGUCAGGCGGCCGUUGCUCUGCAGGAGAACAGACCAGAUGCAGUGUCCCUCUGCUCCAUGGCUAAACUCUUCGCCACUGAUGAGUGCUUUACUAUAUGUAACCAGGCUCUGCAGAUGCAUGGGGGAUAUGGCUACCUCAAAGACUAUGCAGUACAACAGUUUGUCCGAGAUAUCCGAGUGCAUCAAAUAUUAGAAGGAACCAAUGAAGUGAUGAGGAUGAUCAUUUCCAGAGAUUUACUGACGGAGUCUUGAUCAUGAAAUCAGGACUUCAGGCUCAUCAUGGACUGUUACAAUAGGAGAGACUAAUCGAUAAUGAAUCACAGAAUGAGUGAGGCGCUGGACAGAAUUUAACUGUUUAUACUUAGAGAUAUGUCGAAAUAGUGGGGUUUUUUUUUCCAUUAUGUGCCCAGCUCUAAUAAGACGUACUGUAUGAGAGCAAAUUUCCAACAAAGAAAAUCAAAUGUUUGAUUACACUCCAGUGUCUUACAAAUGAUGAUGGCAGCGGGGUUCAAAAAGUAUUUUAUAAUCAUACAAAUAGUUGCUUAAGGAAUUUAAAGUGGACUGUUUGACCAAUUAAAAAAGGCAGAUGAGAGAAUAGCUGUCUUGUAAGGCCAGUGUGCAAUAUCAAGGUCAUUUCACCAUCUUUAUGAUCAAAUACAUUGUAUGCAUUUUCAUAUAUCUGCCACUGGCAUCUCCUCAAAAUUCUCCACAACUAUGUAAUCACAAACAUCGACAGGCAUGCAGGGCCCUCACACAAGGAUGCGUUUGUCCAUGUUGAAGCCAUUGCAGACUCUCACGCUGAGUCAGCUAUAAAGCAGGUUGAUUAAGUUCCUUACUGACCUAACAUGCCUUUUAUGUUCAUCUAUAAACACACCAUAUUAACCUUGUUCUUUCAUUCUUCACUUCAUUUUUAAGUAACUGUUUGUUUUAUGUUGGUCAGGAUUGAGCUUCAUCUACACUGGUGCUUGAAAGUUUGUGAACCCUUUUGAAUUUUCUAUAUUUCUGCAUAAAU